AUGGCCUCCUCCCUCCCACCUCUUGACCCCUCCCUCCCGUCCACGGCACCCUCCAAAUCCUACCAGCUCCUCCCCGAAACCCAGAAGGCCGGCGCCGCUGAGGAUGCGCUCCACCAGCAGCAAGUAAAGGAAGUCGAGGCAUGGUGGGCCUCGCCGCGGUAUACCGGCAUCAAGCGUGACUGGACAGCCGCCGACGUCGUCAGCAAGCGCGGCUCGCUGCAGCAGUCAUACCCGAGCUCCGUCAUGGCCCGCAAGCUCUGGAACCUAGUGCGCGAGCGCGAGGCCGCAGGUGCACCAAUCCACACGCUCGGCGCGAUCGACCCCAUCCAAAUGACGCAGCAGGCGCCGCACCAGGAAGUGCUGUACAUCUCCGGGUGGGCGUGCUCGUCGCUGCUGACGACGACCAAUGAGGUGUCGCCCGACUUCGGCGACUACCCUUACAACACCGUGCCGAACCAGGUGCAGCGCAUGUUCAAGGCGCAGAGCAUGCACGAUCGGAAGCAGUGGCACUUGCGGCAGUCCCAGCUGAAGACGCCUGAGGAUCGCGCGAAGACGCCGUAUGUGGAUUACUUCCGCCCGAUCAUCGCCGACGGCGACACCGGCCACGGCGGCCUGACGGCGGUGAUGAAGCUGGCCAAGCUGUUUGCGGAGAACGGCGCCGCGGCGGUGCACUUCGAGGACCAGAUGCACGGCGGCAAGAAGUGCGGCCACCUGGCGGGGAAAGUGCUGGUUCCCACGGGGGAGCACAUCAACCGGCUCAAAGCCGCGCGGUUCCAGUGGGACGUCAUGGGCACCGAGAACUUGGUCAUCGCUCGCACCGACUCGGAGAGCGGCAAGCUGCUGUCGUCGUCCAUCGACGUGCGCGACCACGAGUACAUCCUCGGCGUAGCCGACCCGGCCGUGGAAUCCCUCGCCGAGACCCUAGCCUCCAUGGAAUCCCGCGGAGCCACAGGCGCCGAAAUCGACACCUUCGAAGCACAAUGGGUGAAAUCCACCAAACUCGUCACCUUCGACGAGGCCGCCGCGGCACACUUCCAAACCCACCGCGUCAGCCCCGACCGCGUCGCAGCCACCUACACCAGCGCCGUAACCGCCGAUCGCGACAUGGGCAUCACCGCCCGCCGCAAACUCGCCGAGUCCCUCACCCCGGGCCAGCCCGUGUACUGGAACUGGGACGUCCCGCGCACGCGUGAAGGGUUCUACCACUUCCGCGCGGGCAUGGAGGCCGCCACGAAGCGGGCGUUGGCAUUCGCGCCCUACGCCGACAUGCUCUGGGUCGAGACGGGGGAUCCCAACGUGCAGGUGUGCACUGACCUUGGUCGGGCGGUGCGGUCGCGGUACCCGGGGAAGGCGUUGGUGUAUAACUUGUCGCCGUCGUUUAACUGGAUGGCGCAUGGGUUUACGCCGGAGACGCUGAAGGGUUUCAUUUGGGAUAUUGCACGGGAAGGGUUUGUGCUGCAGUUGGUGAGCUUGGCCGGGUUGCAUAGCACGGCGACGAUUAGCUCGGAGCUGGCGAGGAGGUUUAAGGGGGAGGGGAUGGCGGCGUAUGUGGAGCUGGUGCAGAAGCGGGAGAAAGAGUUGGGGGUGGAUGUGUUAACGCAUCAGAAGUGGUCGGGAGCGAACUAUGUGGAUGCUGUGUUGGGGCAUAUUCAGAGUGGAAGUUCGGGGAGCAAGAGUAUGGGGGAGGGGAAUACCGAGGGGCAGUUUGUGUGA